ACAUAAUCAAUGAUACGGGUGCAUAGUAGACAACCUCUCACUCCUGUUUCGCUUCAAAUUACUCGAUCUGGAGAAAAUUCAAAGACAGGAGAGAUCUAACACUGUAAGAGAAGUUCAUUCUUCUUCCUUCUUCGCCCAUCAAUGGCGUCUUGGAGAAACUGGAAUUAGGUAUUCGUGGAUCAGAAGCUCGAUGGACGUGGAGAGGUCGUCACUGUGCAAUUGCGUAGUGAAUUUCCUACUGGAGGAGAACUACUUGUUGACGGCAUUCGAGCUUCUGCACGAGCUCCUUGAUGAUGGCCGAGACGAUCAGGCCAUUCGCCUCAAGGAGUUCUUCUCCAAUCCCUCCCACUUCCCUCCCGAUCAGAUCUCUCGCUUCAACUCUCUUCGAGUUGCUGAUCCCCAGAGUUUGCUAGAGGAGAAAGAAGCACUAAUAGAAAAAUUAGCAAUCAGCGAGUAUGAGCUCCGCUUAGCCCAAGAGGACAUUUUGAAACUUAAGACUGAGUUACAGAAGAAAACUGAUUUUUCUAAAAGCGACUUAAAUGGGGCGGAUGUAAAUGUGUCCGUAAACCAUGGUCCAGAAUUUAUGCGACAGAAGAGAAAUAAUGUACUUUCUGACUUGGGCCAUUUGAAGGACAAUGAACGUCAGGAUCUUAACUGUGCUGUGAAAGAAUAUUUGCUAAUAGCAGGUUACCGGCUAACUGCAAUGACAUUUUAUGAAGAGGUUGCAGAUCAGAAUCUGGAUGUUUGGCAGAAUACACCUGCAUGUGUACCAGAUGCCUUGCGCCAUUAUUAUUAUCAGUAUCUUUCAUCCACUACGGAGGCUGCUGAGGAGAAAAUUGCAAUGCUUCGAGAAAAAGACUCACUACAGAAAGAAAAUGAGAGGCUAAAUCAUGAAAAAGCAUGCUUGCUCAAAAACAAAGAUUUAGCUGAAGGUCAAAUAAGUGCGUUAACUAAAGCUUUAGAAGCUGCUCAGAAGGACCUCAAAGACAAAGAGAACUUGGUUCAAAAUUUGAAGCAGUCCCUGGAGCUCCAAAGAAAGGAUCUUAAUGAUUGUAGAGCUGAAAUCACGGCACUGAAAAUGCAAAUUGAAGGGUUUCAUUCUGGGAGAAAUUUAUCUGCAACUGAUAUUGAUCAAGUCCAUUCUGAGUCUUUAGACAGAUACAAAGAAGAGAUUAAAUCCCUGCAGAUGGAAAUAGAAAGCUUAAAAUCAAGGACUAUGAAAGCUCCGGAUUCUCUGAUUUCUAUCUAUUCUGAUAGUGAUAAUACCCAUACAUCAGAAAAAAUUGUUGAGAUACACGAAGAUAAAAGUGUGAUUCUCAGUCCAGCUAAUGCAGCUUCUAGAGUUGUAGAAGGAGAAGAUGCUCAAUCACAGAUUAUUCAAAUCUCUGAUGUCAACAAAGAAAAAUCUGUGGAACUCUCACCUGGGUUGCUAGAGAAUCCUUCUAGUGAUAAUAGUUCCUCAGAGAACAGUGAGAGUGUUUCCAAGCUCAUUAAUGAGCUGCCUUCGGAUGAUAGCAGGCUACUUCCAAAGUCACACAACCUCAAUUCUGAAGCUACUUCUGAAAAGGGUCCAGGGACAAUUCAGAUUCUAGCUGAUGCCUUGCCCAAGAUUGUUCCUUAUGUCUUGAUCAACCAUCGGGAGGAACUUCUUCCUCUAAUCAUGUGUGCAAUUGAGCGCCAUCCAGAGAGCAGCACUCGGGAUUCCUUGACUCACACUUUGUUUAAUCUAAUAAAACGUCCAGAUGAACAGCAAAGACGAAUAAUUAUGGAUGCAUGUGUGACUCUGGCUAAGAAUGUAGGAGAAAUGAGAACUGAAACAGAAUUGCUUCCACAGUGUUGGGAACAAAUAAAUCAUAUGUAUGAGGAGCGUAGAUUGCUGGUUGCUCAAUCAUGUGGACUGCUUGCAGAAUUUGUCAGACCUGAGAUUCGUGAUUCACUUAUUUUAUCUAUUGUUCAACAACUGAUUGAGGAUUCUGCAACUAUUGUUCGUGAGGCUGCUGCACGUAAUCUUGCUGUGCUGCUACCGCUCUUUCCAAAUAUGGACAAAUAUUUCAAGGUCGAGGAGCUGAUGUUUCAAUUGGUCUGUGAUCCUUCUGGAGCGGUGGUGGAUACUACUCUGAAGCAAUUAGUUCCUGCAGUAGUAAAAUGGGGAAACAAAUUGGACCAUGUUUUAAGAGUUCUUCUUUCACAUAUAUUGAGCUCUGUGCAGCAUUGUCCACCACUAUCAGGGGUUGAAGGAUCUGUGGAGUCUUAUCUUCAUGUUUUAGGUGAAAGAGAACGCUGGAAUGUUGAUGUUUUACUUAGACUUCUGGCAGAGUUACUUCCUUCUGUGCAUGCAAGAGCAAUUGAAACAUGCCCAUUUCCUGCCAUUCCUGAAACUACUGGAACUGAAUUUUCUACCAGUUUGCUUGAAUUGUAUGCAGGGGGACAUGUUCAUUGGCCAGAAUUUGAAUGGAUACAUGUCGACUGCUUUCCUGAUUUAAUACAGUUUUCCUGCUUGUUACCUCCAAAGGAAGAUAGUUUACGAAAUCGAACUACCAAGAUCUUGUUGGCUGUAUCAGAACUUUUUGGGGAUUCUUAUUUGACACACAUUAUGCUGCCUGUGUUCUUAAUAGCUGUUGGUGGUGAUGGUGAUUUGACCUUUUUCCCAUCUGCUAUCCACUCUCAAAUCAGGGGUAAUUAUUUUGAGGUUGGUACGACUCUUUUGCGUUUUCAUCGGAUUUCUAAUUGUUUCUUAAUGUCAGGUUUGAGACCAAGGACGGCUGUGGCUGAGAGACUGGCCACCAUGUGUGUCCUACCUCUUCUCUUGGCAGGUGUCCUGGGAGCUUCAAACAUGCGAGAAAAGUUGGCAGAGUACUUGAAAAACCUAUUGGUUGAAGGCACUACAAAGGAGGCUCAGUCAAUGAAGUGCAAUGCUGAGAUUGUUGAUGCUAUUCGCUUUCUCUGCACCUUUGAAGAACACCAUGCAAUGAUAUUUAAUAUCCUAUGGGAAAUGGUUGUAAGCUCUCAUAUAAAUAUGAAGAUCAGUGCUGCCAGUCUGUUGAAAGUCAUUGUUCCCUAUGUUGAUGCAAAAGUUGCAUCCACACAUAUUUUGCCUGCCCUAGUUACUCUGGGCUCUGACCCAAACCUCAAUGUAAAAUAUGCAAGCAUAGAUGCCUUUGGACCUGUUGCCCAGCAUUUCAAAAAUGAUAUGAUUGUUGAUAAGAUACGUGUUCAAAUGGAUGCUUUUCUUGAAGAUGGAUCCCAUGAAGCUACAGUUGCUGUGGUUCGAGCUCUGGUGAUUGCUGUUCCACAUACAACUGAUAGGCUUAGGGAUUAUCUUUUGUCAAAGAUUUUUCAAUUUACAGCUACCCCAAUUACUGCCAGCGAUCUUAUGCGUCGUCGCGAAAGAGCCAACGCCUUUUGUGAAGCAAUCCGUGCUCUAGAUGCUACAGAUGUUUCAGGUACUAGUGUUAGGGACUUCCUUCUACCUGCCAUACAGAACCUGUUGAAGGACUCAGAUGCAUUGGAUCCUGCACACAAGGAAGCCCUUGAAAUUAUAAUGAAGGAGAGAUCCGGUGGAACCUUUGAGACCAUUAGCAAAGUGAUGGGUGCCCAUAUUGGGAUUGCAUCAUCUGUGAGCAGUUUCUUUGGUGACACUGGACUCUUAGGCAAGAAAGAAACUGUAGAGAUACCACCCGAGACAGCUGAAUCACCAAAGGCGAUACCACCUUCAGCGGCAGAGGAUACCAGAUUCAGGAGAAUCAUGAGAGGGAAUUUUACAGACAUGCUAAGAGGCAAAGGAAAGGGUCCAGAGGAAACCUAGAACCACUGAAAUCUUAGUUCCCUUAAUGAUCAUGCGGCGAAGAGUACGUUACUCUUUUUUCUACUGGUGUGAAGAUCACUCUGUUUAACUAUAGUUGCGGUUCUUAUCCUAUAAAUAGCAAAGUUUUAUUCUAGUUUUGUUUUCGAUUUUACCAAGUGAUAGGAAAAGGAAGGUAGAAAAGCAAAGAGGAAGAGCAAAAUAAAAUCUUCUUGAUUUUUCUUUGUUCUGAAGUUAUUGAUUUGAUUGGAUUGUUUUCUUCAGCGUAUAGCGCAAUGAGAACGUUAAAAAGUACUUUGGCAGUGCUCUUUUUUUUUUUAGAGGGAAAGGCCUCAUUAAAACCCCCACAAGAGCAAAAGAAUGUCUGACAAAUGUCACUGACAAUUGGCAUCAGCCAUUGCCACAUAAUGGAUGAUAGAACUUCUGGUAA